UAGCGAUUAAUUUUCACACUUUAGAGCUUAAACCUCUGCCCUAGCGUCUUCGUCUUCUACACCGUCGUCGAAUCCGAUUCGCUCCGGCGAACUAAGCGGACGCCCCGCUUCUCUACCUCCGACAAUGGCGAACCGCACGGACCCCUUAGCGAAGAACAUAAGAGGCACGAACCCGCAGAACCUCGUGGAGACGAUCGUGCGGAAGAAGAUCCACGACCACACUUUCUGGAAAGAGCAGUGCUUCGGUCUCACGGCGGAGACGCUCGUCGACAAAGCUAUGGAGCUUGACCACGUCGGCGGAACCUGCGGCGGUAACCGAAAGCCCACUCCUUUCCUCUGCCUUGUGCUGAAGAUGCUGCAAAUCCAGCCUGAGAAAGAGAUCGUCGUUGAGUUCAUCAAAAACGAUGAUUACAAAUACGUUCGUGUGCUUGGUGCGUUUUAUCUGCGUCUCACUGGCUCUGACGUUGAUGUGUAUCGUUACCUUGAGCCUUUGUACAAUGACUAUAGGAAAGUGAGGCAGAAGCUAGCUGAUGGAAGAUUUUCGUUGACACAUGUGGAUGAAGUCAUUGAGGAGCUUCUAACCAAGGAUUAUUCUUGUGAUAUUGCAAUGCCACGGUUGAAGAAAAGGUGUACGCUGGAGCAGAAUGGUGUGUUGGAGCCGAGGAAGAGUGUUUUGGAAGAUGAUUUUGAGGAAGAAGAAGAGAAGGAGGAGAAUGAAGGGAUGGCUGGUGGAUCUGAAGAUGAGAAGGAUGAUCACCGUAGGAGUCCUGAAAGAGAAAGAGAGAGGGACAGGAGACGUGACAGUCAUAGACACAGGGAUCGUGAUUAUGAUAGAGACUAUGACAUGGACCGAGACUAUGACAGGGACCGUGGGCGUGGUAGAGACCGGGAUAGGGAGAGAGAUCACUAUAGAGGCCGUGAUAGGGAGAGGGAACGAGACAGAGAAGGGGACAGAAGAGACAGGGCAAGGCGUAGAAGUAGAAGCAGAAGUAGGGAUCGUAAGAGGCGCGAUAGUGAUGAUGACCGGGACAGGGAGGAACCAAAGAAAAAGAAAGAGAAGAAGGAGAAGAAGAUGAGGGAAGAUGGGACAGAUCAUCCGGAUCCUGAAAUUGCUGAAGCUAAUAAACUGAGAGCAUCUCUGGGACUGAAACCCUUAAGAUAAGCAGCUGAAGAAGGAGAAGACAACUUACAAAAACUAACUUUGGUUUUGGUUUUCGAAUUUGUUCUGUAUGAAGAAUCUUUGAUGUAAAACAAAAGGGUGUGUUCAGGUUACUGUGUGUUUAAUGUCAUCAUAUCUUUUGUGGACACUGUCGUGCAUCAAAAUGGAUUCAAACAGUA